CGAUUUAAGCCGUUUAAUUCAUCGAUUGAUUAAUUCAGAAGUUUUACUCGAGCAGUUCAAUUAAUUGGUUGUCAUUGAUAAUUAAUUCACGUGAUUCUCGUGUUUAUUACGAUUGGAAGAGGACAAUCGACAGGUGAAGUGAAAAAUGCGUUCAACAGGAAGGUACAAGGAUUAUCAACUGGAGCUUGUGGACACCCUCUACAGUUAUUUUCCAGCAUUCACAGACGUCUUCGACGAGGACACGUGGUACAUCUUCGUGGUGUGCUUCGUAGCUGGGACUGUAGUUCUAGCCUUCAUCCUGUCGAGGUUCAUCACGAUAAAGCCAGUGGAAUGAGUGAGAUCAUCAGAAUAAAUUCAUUCGAGUCGACUUCAAUAUUUUGUUUAUAAUUAUAAGUAAAUGGUGAUGUUCGGGGGGUUGUGAGGGAGAUAGUGGGGCCCAGUGAGGCCCCGCCAGCUGUGUAAAGGUGUCAAGAUAAAUAUUAUUCGAGUUUCUA